AUAGGGGGACAGCGGCUAAUUAUUAUCAUUAUUUUUAGCUUGGCCUGUGCCUUGUUUUUAGCUAGUCCCCUACCACAGUUCCUGCUUUGUACUCUUUUAUCAAUUUAUAAAGGUGGUUUCAUGCUUACCUCUGAGGCAUCUGUUGAAGACCAAAGAUUCCGUGUGUCUGUGAAAGGCUGUGCACACACAGUUUGACGUACACAGAGGACGCUGUCAAUAAGGGCCAUUAACAGGGCGGCAGUAAGGAAAUAAAUCCUACCCCUGCCUGCGUGGCAUGUCCUUGAACAUGGCAGAAACUCUCUUUGCUGAUACUCAUCUCCUCCAAUGGGGAGAAGACGUCGCAGGGGGUACCUGCUUCCACCGCAUCCCCCGUCUCAUUUUGUGACACUCUCAAAAGCCUUUCCCUCCGGCACGCAAGGUAGGAGCAAGGUUGGAGGUGGCAAAGGGAAAGGCCCUGUCCUUUUGGAGAGUCUGAGGAACCCCAACAGAGAAGAGUCCACGGAAACGUGAGUGAGGUAGCCCUGGCCCCGUGUUCGGCAGGUAAUAAGCUGGAUUUUCACCAUCGCGUUGCUGCCUUCAGCUCUGGCUGGGAACUGCGGAGAAGGGCAGGCAGAGCACUCUAACCCAUGUGCCAGGCACAGGGCUCCACUGGGACCCACCCAGCACUAGCUGGGAGGCCUGGGACACCCUCCUGCCUCCCUGUGGACCUCUGUGUGUAUCCAUAAAAUGAGGGGUUAAGAUUCCAUUCGGUCAGUCAUGUAACAAAUAUUUAUGGAGUACCUUAUGUGCUGGGCAUUGUUCAAGGUGUCAGGGAUUCAGCGAUUUUCAGAACAGAUAAGAAUCCCAUCCUGGAGCUCAUGCUGGAGUGGAUGAUUCCAAGGCAGCUUCCCACUCCCACUGGACGUGUGCUGCUCUGCCCUCGACGGUGCCCCGUGCCCCCAGCACAGUGCCACAUGCCAGGCUUGUGGCAAACUGGACCGCCAGUCGUCUGGAGAUUGGGAGGGGCCUGAUUUUUCUUUUUAAUUGCCCUGUUCCUUGGUUCCCCUUUAACGUAAAUGUUACUAAAGCAUCCACGUAGAGAAGUGCACACACAUUGUUGAAUUUUCACUGGUGGACACAUACACAUAACCAGCACCCAUACCUGGAAACAAAAUACGACCCACACUCAAGAAAGUCUGUAUGUCCCUUCUGGUCCCUGACACUUCCAACACAGGGAAAACCGUCUCCAGACUUCUGAUACCAGGUCUUAGUUAUUUUAGCUUUAUAGGUACCUUUUCGCAUGCAGGUUCUUUCACUCCAUGUUAUAUUUGUGAGAUUCAUUCAUGUUGCUUCACAUGGUUGUGGCUUGUUCAUUCUCAUUAUUGUAUGGUAUUUCAUUAUAUGAACAUUCAACAAUUUAUCCAUUUUACUGUAAGUGGACAUAUUGAUUAUUUCCUGUUUGGGGCUAUUAAUACUGCUGUGAACGUGUGGAUCUGUCUUUGGUGCACAUGUUUGCAUUUCCCAGGGACGCUGCUCUGCCCUAGGAUAUGUGUAUGCUCAGUUUUAGCAGCUUCUACCAAUUUUCCACAACGGAUGUACAGAGUAGGUUCCCCCCAGCAAUGUGUGAUAAUUCCAGGUGCUGAACACUCAGUUUCUUUUACAUUGUAGCCAUUCUGGUGAGUGUGUCCUGGUAUCACAUGGUGAUUUUAAUUUGUAUUUCUCUGGCAUCUAACAAAAUUUCCCAGGGGAUCCUGUUGUUCCAUUUAAACAUGACAAUGACACAGCCAUCUGUCCACCCAGGUCUUUCCCUCAAAGACAUCGCAGCUUUCCUGGACACCCCCUCUCACACUAUUAACAGUAGCAAAGUCAAGAGUAAGUCAAGUCAUUUCUGUCCACCCUUCUUCCACAACCCCUGGCUGGCUUUGUAUCUCCCCAGUAAGAAGAAGAAAAAUGUCUCCGAACAACCAGUCAAGACCACGCGGGACCGGGUGCCCACGUAUCAGUAUAACAUGAACUUUGAGAAGGUGGGCAAAUGCAUCAUCAUCAACAACAAGAACUUCGAUAGGGUGACAGGUAUGGGCGUCCGAAACGGAACAGACAAAGAUGCCGAGGCCCUUUCCAAGUGCUUCCGGAGCCUGGGUUUUGACGUGGUCGUCUACAAUGACUGCUCUUGUGCCAUGAUGAAAGAUCUGCUUAAACAAGCUUCUGAAGAGGACCAUUCAAAUUCAGCCUGCUUUGCCUGCAUCCUGUUAAGCCAUGGAGAAGAAAAUCUAAUUUAUGGAAAAGAUGGUGUGACCCCAAUAAAGGAUUUGACAGCCCAUUUUAGGGGGGACAGAUGCAAAACCCUUUUAGAAAAACCCAAACUCUUCUUCAUUCAGGCUUGCCGGGGGACGGAGCUUGACGACGGCAUCCAGGCCGACUCCGGGCCCAUCAAUGACACAGACGCUAAUCCCCGGUACAAGAUCCCAGUGGAAGCCGACUUUCUCUUCGCUUACUCCACAGUUCCAGGCUACUACUCGUGGAGGAGCCCGGGAAGGGGCUCCUGGUUCGUGCAGGCCCUCUGCUCCAUCCUGGAGGAGCAUGGGAAAGACCUGGAGAUUAUGCAGAUCCUUACCAGGGUGAACGACAGGGUGGCCAGGCACUUCGAGUCUCAGUCUGAUGACCCGCGUUUCCACGAGAAGAAGCAGAUCCCGUGUGUGGUCUCCAUGCUCACCAAAGAACUCUACUUCUCCUAGUAACCGUGCCAGGGUGCAUCCUAGCUCAGAAGCUACAGAUCAUUCAUUGAUGAAUCAGAUUCUUUUUUAACGCUCUUGAAAUACCUGGAAAUUCUACAGGAUUUUAAUUUCAGGAAAAUGUAUUGAUUCAACAGGGAAGAAACUUUCCGGUGCUGUUAUAUGUUCUCUGAAUUUUCAGAGACUUUUUUUUUUAUAAUGUUACUCAUUUGAUGACUUCGUAAUUUUCUCUUAAGAUUAAUCUUCUUUGUAUUUCUUUCACCUUGUUAUGGCCCUUAGUACAUGCAACAAAAGUGACCUCUGGAGAAGGCUCUGGGCUUUGUCCACUGUAAUUGGGGGUGACACUAGUAGAGUCAGAGUCGUAUUUGCACUCGGCAAAGAGAACCCCAGUGUUUGACAUAAAACAGGCGAUAUUGGCCUGUAUUGUAGAAAGUGGGUAUUGAGUGUGACUUGAGUGAUUUUUCGCUGGCUUAGGGCAGAUUCUCAUGCAUAAACUCCCAGAUAUGUUAGAGGAGGAAAAAACUAAAUGAUUCUAAUAUGUGUCAGUCAGGAUCAAGUCCAGAAAACAGAAACCGUUUUAGGUGUUUCUGUUCCCUCAAUAGAGGGAAUUUUUAUUUUACGUUACUUUUGUAGAGACACAGUCUCACUUUGUUGCCCAGGCUGAUCUCUCCUGGCCUCAAGCAGUCCUCCUGCCUUGGCCGCCCAAACUGCUGGGAUUACAGGUGUGAGCCAUGCCCGGCCAAUAGAAUUUAAUACAGGAAAUUGACUUACGUAGAUGAUAAAAGAGAAGCCAAAUAGCAAGAAUCUGUUACCACACCUAAGGCUCUGAGGAUAAUGGGAAAAGGCAUGGUAUCCUAUGUCUAGAAGCUGGAUCAUCGGAGGAUCUGGAACCAUGGUGAGAGCUGCCUGGUGGGAGCUGGGACCACCAAGGGAUUGUGGAAAAUGGAGCCAUUGGCAACGACCAAGCCACUGCCUGAGAUGGAGGCAAGACCAGGGCUGAGUCAGAUACAGAGAAAUACCCUGGCCUUGCCUCUCCUGCCCUCAAGUCUUCUUAUCAUUCCAGCCCUACCUAGAAAACACCUGGCCGGGGCCCUGGGAAGAGUGAUUUGCUUGGUACAGAGCAGAGCAAGGGCCAGUGAGGUGGGGGAGGCAAAAGAAAUGGAUGUACGCUUGGCCCAGAAUGUGAAUGUAAGUGAUCACAUUCCCCGAUGUUCAGCAAUGCACCCAUUCAGUCAUCUAUUCAUUGGGUUGUCAGAGAAUCUACGUAUGUGCCAAAUAAUCUGUUUUAGCUUUAAAAUGUAUCUGGAACUUUGUAGAUUAUUCCAAACUUUAUUCUGGAUAAAUUUUUGUUACCUGUAAUGCUACAAGUGGGAAAGAGUUUACAGCAAAGAUUUUUGGCACUUUGUUUUCAAGGUGGUUUUAUCUUUGGAAUUCUUGAUAAAGUACUAUUUUUUUCUGCCUAAUUGGUUAACAAAAUGUUCGUAUUUAUUGAUUAAAAUGUGAUUGCUUAAUUCCUAAA